AUGCGUAGUUCCUCUCGUCCCUUGGUAGACAUGGUGGUUUCCAUUGCGCCAGUAAAACUUCUUGACACGAGGGAACUGGUGCUUUUGGCUGUGCACCCGGACGGAAGUGUCACGGCAUGGUCACCGCAGGACCCUGGCGUGCUUCUUAUGCGUAAACGCCCCAUGAAGGUGUCAUGUGUUGCAACAGCUUAUGAAACCACACAACACAACUCACUGGCAUGGUUUGGCGCAUCAAAUACUGUUCAGUGCUACCGAGCCCGUCGUCGUGAGGGUAGACAUGCUCAUCUACAGUUUCUGUACAAUCUACGGCUGGACGGCAUCCCAGGUAUACGAGAGUUGCAGACCGACGGAACUUCGCUCGCUGCAGUUAUUAACGAUGACUCUCCGGAAGUGGUCUUUUGGUCUGCCAUUGGUCAUGUAGCCAAUGCCAGUAAUAUCGAAGAGCAGGCAGAGUGUUGCGUCUUCCAUCGCAUAUUUGGUUCCCAGACAACAUUCGUGCAUACCGCGCUUGGAGAUGUGUCUUCGUUGCUCCUGACAGAGGCGACGGUUUGGAUUGGUUGCACAAGCGGUGCUCUUGUCUUAGUAGAUAGAAAAGGUAUUGAAUCGGAUAUCGAUCCAUUGCUUAACCUUAGAACGGCGGGGACGUGUUGUGUGACGGCCUUGGCAUUACUAUCACAUCCUUCACGCAAAUCCAUGGUGGCAAGUGGAUUAGAAAAUGGGGAUAUUAUUUUGUGGUCAGCGAAGGAUGGGACGCAACUCGGACAACACUUUGAACACGCUGGUGAAAUCUGCUCCAUGACGUAUGUACCGUGGUGUGUGGGGUUAUGUACUGUAAGUGCGACGCGAGAGGUGUUUUUCUGGGCUUGGCAUGAAGUACCUAGUUUUUUAAUGAUUCUGGAAUGCGGCGUUCUUGACGAUGACAUGGGUUCAAGUGUGCCACGGUGUUUGUGCUCCAUUCGUGACACGGAGGUGCUGGCUUGUGGGGCCGACGCAGCCCACAUUUUGCAUUGGAAGCCACAGAACAAGCCGGAUGCCGCGGCGGGCGUUCUUUCAACUCUACCACCUGUUCUCCCUGGUCGUAUGCAGCUAACGCCGGAGGACUUGCCGCACCCCCGGGCUGAGCCCCGCUCAUGGCAGGAGUGUGCCACCUCCGACGAGACUGAUCUUAGAAAGAUUUAUCAAAGUGCCCUCGUCACUCGCGUGGGUGCGUGUGGACUGCCACGAAAAGGAAGCAAACUUGAAGUGCAAGGUUCCCAUCAGAGCACGCGAACUUCGGUCUCCGUGCAAGUGCCAGGCGAGACUGUUGAUAACAGUUGCAUGGUGGUGGAUCUAAAAAUGCAGCUGAUGGCGGCACAGCAGCAACGCGAUCUGUUGUUUGAUAGGCUGAGUAAACUAGAAAUGACAGGGCAAAAUGUAAAGGACCCGUGCGAAGCAAAAUUGACUUCUUUAAGAAAGGAAAACGCGGUGCUGGCGAGUUGCGCGACGAAGCUGAACUCCAAGGUGAACGGAGAGGGGCGUUGUUGUUGUUGUUCUCUACACACAAUGAGAACGGACAAAAUUGUGGGUACAAGCGACAACCCAUCGGGGCAGCAAGCCGUCUUCUCUACCAGUGCACAAUUGCAUAGGAGUACCCAAGCGCCAUUGCGCUGUAUGAGCCCAUGCAUGGAAGAACCAAGGCAGGAGGAUGAGAAAGAGCAGGAGCAACAGCAGCAGCAGAGGGGGGAGGAAAACAUGAAGAAAACACCACUGCCGGUGAUGAGUUAUGCUUCUUUGAGGCACUCGCCGCUGCGGCGUUUAUUACAACCGCCCGAGGAUUUCUCCUUGGAGACAACGCGGUUGCGUAACAGCUCUACGGAUGGAUCAACAGUGCAAUCCGCUUUGCCGAAUCCUUUGUCAUCUAAUUAUUACGGGACGUCAAAUUGGUUGAGUGGUGCCCCAAAUGAAUUACUGCGGAAAGACAAAGAAGAUAUGGUAUCUUCAUGCAUUGUGGAGGCCUUACAGGUGCAGCUAUCACUUAUGGAGGUGCUGUUGCGAAAUUACCGGGAUGCAUCUACAUUAAGAGAUCCUCUUCGAGUGCACUCCACAAAUAUUUUAUCAGAUGUGUAUUUACUGGCACGAGGCAUUUUGGGCGCUGAUGCGACUUCACCAAUUGUACAGGAGGCGCUGGAAGGAAUGCCACUUUCAAACGAAAUUGAGGUGGUCCGCAAAUUGUUCUUCAUUCUAUGUCAUAGGUAUCGUGCUGCCUUGUUGCAGCUGCCGUCCAGUGCAACGUAA